GCCGGCUCUGACAUGGAGGAGGGGGGAGCUGGUCCGGGGAGCCCCCUCCCGCCCGCCAUGAAGGCAGAGACCGCGACCGCGGCGCAGGAGCCCCCGACCGGGCCCAGCCUCAGUCACCUGCUGAGUAGCCGGAAGCUGGUGGCCCUGGGGGCCGUGCUCGGCUGGCUCCUGAUCAUCCACCUCCUGGUCAACGUAUGGCUCCUGUGCCUUCUGUCUGCGCUGCUGCUGGUGCUGGGAGGAUGGCUGGGUUCCGACGCCAUCGUGGGGCCUUCGGGUCGGCUGCACCUGGAGCGCUUCAUCCCCAUGGCCAUCUGCCCCCCAAACCCCGAGGCCGAGAGGCAGCUGGAGCAGGAGAUCGACCGCACCAUCCGGAUGGUCAUGCGGGACUUCGUGUCGUCCUGGUAUCGCACGGUGAGCCAGGAGCCCGCCUUCGAGGAGGAAAUGGAGGCAGCCAUGCGAGGGUUGGUCCAGGAGCUCCGGAGGAGGAUGGCCAGGGUGGACAGCCAUGCUCUUGCCCAGAGGGUUCUGACUCUCUGUGGUUGUCACCUGCAGAGCUAUCUUCAGGCAAAGGAGGCCACGGCAGGGAAGCAGAGUGGCACAGAUGAGCCCUCCCAGCUCUGGGAGGCUUACUGCCAGGCCACCGCCCCACAUCCUGCAGUACAGAGUCCCAGGGCUGAGGUCGCCUACACACGUGGCAUCGUGAACGUGUUGCUUCAAGGCCUAGUGCCAAAGCCCCACUUGGAGACCCGCACCGGCCGCCACGUAGUGGUGGAACUCAUUACUUGCAAUGUCAUCUUACCGCUGAUCAGCAAGCUCUCAGAUCCGGACUGGAUCCACCUUGUGCUCGUGGGCAUCUUUUCCAAGACCAGAACUGGCCCGGCAGGAGGGGGUAAACCACUCUGCCCAGCCAGUGCCCGGGAACAGCCCUCAGUGCCCACAUCUCUGCCACUGAUCGUGGAGGUCCAGAGUCUAGCAGAUGCGAGAGCCCCUUCUCCAGCCCCAGUGCUCCUGAACUGUAGUGAGCCUUCACACCCCUCCCCAGAAGUUGAAGAAGGCCAUGAAGCGCUGGAGGGGGAUUUGGGGGGAGUGCUAGAAGAGAGAGAAGUAGGAAGCAACGCGUCUCACUCCCUGCAGCCUCUGUUCUUGUCUGAAGAUACGGAGCUGGAGUCUCCGUUGUCUGAACUGGGCAAAGGAACCAUCACGCUCAUGAACCCAGGCACCUUCCUCUCUGCCAGCAUUCAGGACUCCCUGUGUGCCCUAGGGGGUCCCCAGGCUCUGGAGUCUAAGGAUGACGGGGGAUCCGAAGGAACUGAGGGGGCAGAAGCUGAGGAGGGUCCAGGAACAGAACCAGAGACCGGCCUGCGUGUCUCCAUGCUGGAUUCCUGCCCAGAGAUCCAGAUUGACGCAGCAGACAAGGACGUAGAGCAGGGAGAUGUCACCUCUCUUACAGCUUUGCUGGCCAGUCCGGAAAGGAUGUGUCCCCCACGACCCUCGUGCUUAGAGAAAGAUCUCACCAAUGGUGUGAGCUCCCUAGAUCCCGGUCUCCCACAGGUACUACUCUCCUCCUCUCCACCCGGUCCCCUCAGCUCAGCCACCUUCAGCUUUGAGCCCCUGAGCAGUCCAGAUGGCCCCGUUAUCAUCCAGAACCUUCGUAUUACCGGCACCAUUACUGCUCGAGAGCACAGCGGCACCGGAUUCCACCCAUACACGCUCUACACGGUGAAGUAUGAGACGGGCCUUGACGGCGAGAACAGCAGUGGCCUGCAGCAGCUGGCCUACCACACCGUGAACCGCCGUUACCGUGAGUUCCUGAAUCUGCAGACCCGUCUGGAGGAGAAAUCUGAUCUACGAAAGUUCAUCAAAAAUGUGAAGGGUCCUAAGAAGCUCUUCCCAGAGCUUCCAUUUGGAAACAUGGAUAGUGACAGAGUGGAAGCCCGCAAGAGCCUCUUGGAAUCAUUCCUGAAGCAACUCUGUGCCAUUCCUGAGAUCGCUAACAGUGAGGAGAUGCAGGAGUUCCUUGCUCUGAACACAGAUGCUCGUAUUGCCUUUGUCAAGAAACCGUUCAUGGUCUCCAGAAUAGACAAGGUGGUGGUGAGCGCUAUUGUGGACACCUUGAAGACAGCAUUUCCUCGCUCUGAGCCCCAGAGCCCCACAGAGGAACUGAGUGAGGCCGAGGCAGAAAGCAAGCCCCAGCCAGAAGGCAAGAAGGCUACCAAGUCCAGACUGAGGUUCUCAUCCAGUAAAAUUGCUCCAGCACUGAAUAUAACUGAGGCACACGAGAAGAUUCUCUAUCGUCUCCGGGAAGGCAGUGUGGAGUCAGAGAUCCUCUCCAUGUCUGGGAUGGAAUCCUUUAUUGAAAAGCAGACAAAGUUACUAGAAGCGCAGCCAGCAGAGGCCCCAGGAAAAGAUUCUGAACAAAUCUCCAAGGGAUGUGUGGAUGACUGCAUGUCAGGUGCAGCCGUGCCAGCCCAGGACCUCAGCAACAGCGAUCCAGGAACAGAGACAGAGUUGGCUGACACAGCCCUGGAUCUGCUUCUCUUGCUGCUGAUGGAACAGUGGAGAUGGCUAUGUACGGAGAGCGUGCAGAAAGUUAUUCAUCUCAUCUUUGGGACCCUGAUUCAGAGGUGGCUAGAGGUGCAGGUAGCUACUCUGACGUGUCCUCAGCGCUGGGUGCAGUACCUCCGGCUUCUUCAGGAAUCCAUCUGGCCUGGCGGGCUUUUGCCUGAGUAUCCUCGACCCGUAAGGACCCAGGAGCAGAAGGCAGCUGCUGAGAAACAGGCCUUGCAGAGCCUGAUGGGAGUCCUGCCAGAUAUCGUCGUAGAAAUCCUUGGGGUGAACAAAUGCCGGCUGAGCUGGAGUCUUGUCUUAGAGUCGCUGCAGCAGCCCCUCAUCAACCGGCAUUUGAUUUACUGCCUUUGGGACAUCAUCCUGGAAUUCUUGGAUCUCAGUGCCUCUGCUGAGGAGUCCGCCAUAACCAGCUCUGCUGCAGACACCCCAGGCAGCCCCAAGAGAUGGGCAUCUCCCCUUAGCCGGAGGUUAUUUCACCCAUUUCUCGAAGGCAGGAAAACACGAACCCGGAAGAAUGUGUCAAGCAAGAAACAAGUGAAAAUCAUCCUAACGUUUCCCUGCCGUGAGCCAGGAGCAGCGGGGUUGAAGCAGAGGCAGCACGAAGCGGUGGAGGAGGUUCGGGCGCCAGCAGCCCCCGUGGCACGUGCGCUGCGCUCUUCUCAGAUUCGCUGAGCCCUCCUGCCGCGUCCCGCGCGCUCCCACCUGUCUCUGGUCUGAAAGUACCUGUGAACUCGGCUCUUCUGGAAGUGCACACAAGCAAGUGAUAGGAUACAGAGAACUACUCCUGGCUUUGAUGUCUUCACCAGCAGGACAGAGUCUGGUUUCCCCACACAUCUUGAUACUGCAGACCUCACCCACAGGCGCUUGCUUCUCUAAGGGCCACUGGCGCACUGUUUCUGGGUGUGGAGGGCUGGAGGGGGAUGAAAGAAAAGUGAUAGAAUCAAGAUCCAAACUUAGCAAACAUUUCCUAAGUGACAUUAUCUACUCAUUUUAAUCCCAGAUAGGCCUCUUUCUCACC